AUGAGGGCAAAUUACUUUUCCGCUGUCGCAUUUCUGGCGAGAGUGACGCUGGCGUCAGAAAGCCAACAACUCCUAGGUGGAAAGGUGGUCCACGAGAACGUGAAAUCCCCAAGCGAGGAAUUGAGCAAGAUUAUCGAUGAAUCUCCUUUCUUGUCAUUCCACAGAGAUAUCGUGCAAAUUCCAUCAAUUAGUGAACAUGAGCGAAGCGUGGGAAACUUUCUCUUGGACUUCAUUCGUUCACAUAACCUAACGGUCGAGAAACAAAUAAUCACCCCGGAGAGUGACACUGAACAAGAAAGAUUCAACAUCUAUGCCUACACUGGGGAAAAUAGAUUUCCCUCGGUUCUUCUAACCAGUCACAUCGAUACUGUCCCGCCAUUCAUUCCUUACUCGCUUCAUCCACCAGCCUUGAAUAACACGGAGAAUUGGACAUUCAAUCGGUCAGACCUCGUUAUCGCUGGCCGCGGAACUGUGGAUGCAAAAGCCAGUGUCGCAGCCAUUCUAUUUGCUGCACUGGAAACACUGGAAGGCAACCCUGACGCCUCGAUCGGGCUGUUGUUUGAUGUUGGCGAGGAGAAAAGUGGCGUUGGAAUGAAACAUUUCUCAAACUCCGAUCUCAACCCAGUACCACCUACCUUCCACACAGUCAUAUUCGGGGAGCCAACAGAGCUUAAGCUUGUCGCCGGGCAUAAAGGUACUCUUGGGUUCAAGAUUGUCGCGAAUGGAAAGCCCGCGCAUUCGGGAUACCCAUGGCUCGGGAAAAGCGCGAUCUCUUCGCUUCUUCCUGUUUUGUCCUACCUUGAUUCCCUGCAAGACAUCCCGCCAGAGAAAGGUGGACUUCUCCGUAGUGAGAAGUUUGGUCAAUCGACUUUGAAUAUUGGGGUUGUGCGCGCUGGCUUAGCUGCCAAUGUCAUUCCUGCAUAUGCCGAGGCGACAGUUUCCGUUCGUCUGGCGGCUGGGAGUCCAGAUGAAACGAGGGAAAUUGUGAGGAAGGCGGUUGAAGAGGUGAAAGGUGGUGAUGGAAGCGUCUAUCUUGACUUCGGGAAUACUGAGAACGGCGCUCCACCGCAACAUCUUGAUGUUGACGUCGACGGGUUUGACGUAACUACUGUCAACUACGGGACUGACAUUCCUUCAUUAAAGAUCAAUACUCAAGGAGGUCCAAAAGUGAAGCGGUAUCUUUACGGCCCAGGGAGUAUCCAUGUGGCCCAUGGCGAUGACGAGGCGAUCACCGUGGGAGAGCUUGAAGAGGCGGUGCGAGGAUACAAAAGGCUGAUCUCGGCCGCCCUGGAUACCCACUAG